UCUGGAUACUAUGGCAAUCCUUUAGUGAAAAGAGGAAGUUGUCAGCCAUGUGACUGUGACCACGGUUAUGUAUGUAACCCGCUAACAGGUGAUUGUUAUGAGGCCGACGACCCGAAUACGGACAACUGCCUCGAGUGCGAUGCCUGCGUCAUUAAGUUAUUGGAUGAUCUUAAUGCGAUGGAUGAUGAGUUCUCCAAACUGAAGACUCAACUCGAGCUUUAUACUCAAAAUGCUACUUCACUCACAGAGCUGAAAAAACUUGAAGAUGCCAUUGCUGGGACAAAGGUUUUGGUCCAUAAGUACACUCAAUCUGUCUUUGCAUUGAAACCAAAGGUUUUGGAGCUUGAAUCUGAUCUUAAAAGUAUCAUAGAUGACCUCACUUUUCUCAGUAACAAGGCACUUGAGAUGUUCUGUACUGCAAUACAGUUGUUAAAGACUCUGGACCAAACCUAUCAAAGAGGGGACAACCUACGAUCUGAGAGUUUGAAACUCUUACAAAAGAUACAAGAGUUCUUGGAAGAGUUGAAGCGAUCCAACCAAACGGGUGGGAACACAGAGGCAGCCACCAGGAUGAUAAAAGAAGCCCGAUCGAUGCUGGAGAAGAUGCAAAGACAAAGCUGUAGGGUUCAGAGAGAACUGGCUAACGAGGAGCUCAGAAAAGCACAAACAUUACUUAACCUCAUCGUGAAUGACCUGAUGGUUCCUGUGAAUGGCUCCUUGGAAGUGGCUGAUCGUAUUAGACAAAAACUCAUGGAUCAGGCAGAAGAUCUUAAAGAUAUAAAAGAGGCGCUUACAGAUGCACAGCGUGAUGUUAUCAAGGCCAAUGAUGUGAAUAAACUCAACGAGGAACAGCUGAGAAAUUUUUGGUUCAUACGAAGGUUCAUACGGAGCAUCACCAGUUCAACUGCUGUUCAGAAAGCAAUUGAAGCCAUCAAAGCAUUCACAAGCGUCAUUGAUGCCAUAAAGGAGGCGGAAGCUGCUGCCAAACACACUAAAGAAGUUGCAGACCGUGCUUUUGAGGAUGUGCGAGGACAAGAUCUCCAAAUUAGUGCCAAUGAUUUGAAAAACUUUGCAAAUACUCUGCUGGAGAAGGCUAAGGAAGCGGAGAUACAGCUAGAAGAUGUUAUGCAAAAAUGUGAAGCUUACAAGGACCUGAUCCAGAUGGCCAAAGACAAACAGAACUCCAUGCAGCAAGUCUUGCAAGAUCUGUUGGAGAGGAUUAAGAACAUCAAAAGAGAUGAUAUUCCUGUCCUCAUCAACGAAGCCAAAGAAGGUGCAGCAGAUGUGAAUGCCACAGCAGACGAUGCAAAAACCAGAAUGCAAAACAUCAGCGAGGAACUUAACAAAAUCAAGAUUUCCUCUCUAGAUUCAAACCUGACCAGCUUACUUGACGGUGUCAACAAAACAUUGUCAGAACUGGAUCAGUCUUUCCCUUCACUGAUUAACAAACUAAACAAAGUGAUGAACCAAAGCGGCCGCAUGCCUAGUUCAGCCAACAUCUCCAGCGGCAUCCAGAAAAUCAAAGACUUGAUCGAACAGACCAGGGACGCGGCCAACAGGAUCAGGGGGCCGAUCUUGUUUUCUGGUGAUGCUCACAUUGAACUUCGACCUCCUAAAGACCUAGAAGACUUCCGAACCUUUACUGUUCUCAAUCUUUCUCUGCACCAACCAAUAUCUCGAGGCGAUGGAAGACGUAGAAGUCAACUGGGUGAAGACAACCAGUUUGUUUUAUAUCUUGGAAAUAAGCAUACAGUGAGGGAUUUCAUUGGCCUGGUUGUGAAGGAUGGUGUCCUGUUUUGUGUCUACAAAGUGGGUGGCCGUUUUUAUGAGAUAAAAACCAGCGAAAUCACCAAGUCUGACAACGCCAAAGCUUUUAUGGAUAGGGUGGAUUUCCGCAGAGUUUAUCAAGAUGCGCAGGUCAUAUAUACAGAGAUUUUCACUUCAACUGCACCCAACCGGCUGCCGCCUAUGAUUAAUAAGCCUAACGACAUGAAUGGAUUGCUUGAUCUGGAUCCCAAUGAAGUUGUCUUAUAUGUAGGAGGAUACCCAGACGAUUUUGAGCCACCCAAAGAGCUUCGGUACCCAGGAUACAAGGGUUGUAUCGAGUUUUCUACAUUAAAUGAUCGUAUCCUUGGCUUGUACAACUUUCAGCGUGCCAUCAACAUCAUGAAAACCGACAUGUGUCAAAGGUACCUUGUUUUUCUUUCAGAUGAGGUCUUGAUCUCUACUUCAAAGUUCAGAGUCAUUGUUCCUAUAUUCCGUCCCUAG